GUCGCGAUCCGACACAAAUAGAUAAGUGCAUUGAAAAAUCGCAGUUAAUGCCAGUUGCAUAUAAUUUCGAACGUAUUGCAUUAAAUUUAUAAUCUGAAGACAAUGUUGCGCGGGCUAUACAUGACGUUUCUAUGGUGUGGGAUAUUGGCGUUUAACGAGGAUAUAUUUAAAGAUGGGGUAAAAGGACCUGAGGUUGUAAACCAUGUAGUGGAUUUGAUAGGCCAGACAUGUCUUACCGACAACGAAAUGUUUCUAAGGCGUAUGGCAGAUGUUGAGACAAAAGAUGGAACAGACGGACAAACGUACAGAAGUGGUUACAACGGCGGCAUUUGGAAUAUUGGACAGGAUUUGUUUAAUCUGACAAAGGAUAACCCUGCUCUAUAUGAUGAUUAUCAAGCUAUUAAGAAGAAUCUCAACAUUGACUGGUCAAACGUCACGUGGCAAGAUCUACGUAAACCAAUUUAUUCCGGACUUGCAGCAUCUCUCUUGUUGUUAUCAAAGAAUAUCCGGACUAUUCCGGAAAGUACCGAACUACAGGCUACGAUUUGGGGUAUUUUGCGUCCAGGAAACAGAGCAUUUGACUUCUUCGUCAAGUCGCAAAAUGCUCCAUCAGAAUGUGAGCCGGAGAAGAUCCUUGAUGUGGUGGUCAUCUUAGACUUUCAAAACCUUUCGACUCUCGACCUUGUACACGUGGAAUCCUUCCUCCAGUAUAUGUUGGAUAAACUUCCACUGAAAAAUGACAAUACGCGGGUUGCUAUAGUAACGAAGAAACAACAUCCGCUUGCUGGAUGGUAUUUGAAUAGUGCACGACCAGGAUUCACACUGUCAGAUGCUCUCAAGAUCCUUAGGUACACGCCUGGUCCUACGACUGUGGGUGAUUCUAUCAAAUAUACGCGGGAAAAUAUGUUUACAAAGGCAAACGGAGCACGUGAUGGCUCCGCACGUGUUGCUGUAUUGUUAACUGAUAAAGUCACUCAGUUUGAAUAUGCCAAACAGGAGGCGGGAAAGUUGGAGAGCGAUGGUAUAUCGCUUGUUGUGAUCGGGGUAAAAGACAAUACCACAGACAGCUACGAUCGGUUCAAGUAUGUAGCAUCCAAACCCUCUUGCCGAAAUACAUUGGAGGUGAAUAUGUUACGGAAAAUAAAUGAUACUAUUGAAAGAUUAGUCCGGGAUGUUUGCCACGCGCCAGUUCUGCUCACAGCUGGUGACUUCACAUACCCGUGCAGUAAGUCUAUAGUAGCGAAAUUACCGGACACAACUGACUCUGUUAGCAUUAUGGUAUCCGCACAGAGUGGCGGAGUUGCUGUCUACGCUGCGAGGAAGUACACUGACCCUGAUCAGUCCGCGUAUGAUGUCCACCUGACGUCCAGCCCCAAUGAUGCACAUACGCCUGUAUUGUAUGUCAGAGGAACAGAUCCAGUCUAUAUUAAGGUCACAGGUCAAUCAACAGGCACCACGUGCAAUGGUGCAUAUACUGUUCAUGUUAAACAAGGAAAAGAUGUUUUCAGUGGAACGGACGGCGUCUGUAUGGUGGCAGGGACACUACGGGAUUGUAAUGAUCUAGAUAUGGGGUUGAUCUCACACGAUGUUAUACUCUUGUCUGGUCAAGAUGUGCCUAAUCUGUGCGACCCAAACAAUCGUUCCAUAGAGUAUUUCCCUCAUCCCACGGAUCCUCACAAAUUCAUCAUGUGUGAUCAGCAUGAUCAGGCGUUUGUUGGUCUGUGUCCAAUAGAGAAAUUACCAUGCGUCCAGAUUUCUUCCGGUUGUAAAUACACCAAUCCGUGUACCAGUGAAGCUACACUAAGUGGAAAAAUGUAUCACAACAAUCCAUGCGGGAACCAGACAGACUACAUCACGUGCACACAUUUCGGUGUUGCUCAGCGGUCUGCAUGCCCCCCUGAACGGAUAUGGAACGGAGAUACUUCAUUCUGCGUGUUCAAACACGUGCAUGACUCUUCAGCUAUAGGAAUUCCAGCAAUCACGGGUAUCGACAACCCGUGCAUUCAUGAACAUGCAGACCACGUGUAUUUUCCCUACCCAGGUGACACCAGCAAAUACAUUUUAUGUGAUAUACAUGGCAAUGCAUUUGCUAAUAAAUGCCGUGACGGACACUGGAACCAGCAAACAAAAACAUGCACGACCGUUUCUCCGCCAAAUGUUGUAGGCUAACACUUGAAGAACAAUUUACAAAUGAUGAAAGUAUAUAUUAUAUAUGUUUUAAAUAAUUGUAUCUAUCUCUGCUACGACCUACAACUUUACUAAACAGUUCUUGAAAGGUAUUCGUUGAGUUGGACAUUUCACAUGCAUUGCUGAAGUAUGUUUCGGUGCGGUUGCGCAAGAUUUAAAAUCUACCGGGACAAAAUGUGUGCAAGACUAAUUCUAGCUCUAUCUUAAAACUGGAUAUUCUUUUUGUAAAUCAUGUUUAUUUACCAACAAAUCUGAUUUUAAAGGGAAAUCGUUUGGUUGUGAAUGUGUUACAGUCUCGGCACUUCCCAUUAUGCAGAAACUACCUCACAUCCCAUAUCGGGUACUUAUGAGGUAAUUAAGUAAUAAUUUAAGUGUAAUAAUUUAAGUUCUGUUUAUGCAAUUUCAUUUUAUGCCCCCCACACCUUGGGGCGGCAUUUAGUUAGUAAUUGUAGCGUUCGCCCCUCCGUCCGUCAGUCCGUGCUUUCAUUCGUUCGUUCGUCUCGGAUUCGGUUUGUAACUUUAUGAUCCAUCAAGGGAUUUUAAUAUUACUUAGCAAAAAUGUUUCCCAUAAUAAGACAAUGUGUCAAGUGCAAGACCAAGACCCCUAGCUUUAAGGUCAAUGUCAAACUUGGAGGUAAAAGGUCAACAGGUUUUUUUUCCUUUACGGUCUGUAACUCAACUAUCCAUCAAGGGAAUUUCAAAAUUACUUGGCACAAAUGUUCUCACAAUCAGAGAAUGUGUAUUGCGCUAUACCCAGAACCCUAGCACAAACGUCAAUGUCAAACUUUGAGGUAAAACGUCGGUAGUGUUUUUCCUGUCCGGUCCAUAACACUGUCCUCCUUGAAGGGUUUUUAAUAUUACUUUGCACAACAGUAACCCAUAAUAAGAAGGUCACACUCCGAGGUCAAAGGAAAAGGUGUUUUAUUCUGUCCGGUUCAUAACUCUGUCAUUGUUGAAGUGAUUGCAAUAUCAUUUGGCACAAAUGUAUCCCUUAAUGAGACGACGUGUCAUGCGUAAUACCCACAUCCCGAGCUCAGACGGUAAGGUCACACAUGGAGGUCAAACGUUAGAACUGUUCGGUUCAUAGCUCUGUCAUCCUUGAAGAGGUUCUAAUAUUGCAUGUUACAAAUAUAUCCCAUAAUGAAAGGAUGUGUCAUGCGCAACACACAUACCCCUAACCAAAAAUUUAAGGUCACACUCCGGUCAAGUCGAUAGUUUUUUUCUUGUCCAGCCCAUAACUCGAUCAUCCAUCAAAGGAUUUUAAUAUUACUUGACAUAUAUAUUUCCCAUAAUGAGUUGAUGUGUCACGCGCAUCAACAAGCUAUCUAACUCAAGUGUAAAGGUCACACUUGGAGGUCAGAUUUCUAUAGGUUUGUUUUUCUGUGCAGUCCACAACUCUGCCAUCUAUCGAGGGAUUUUUUCUCACAAAUGUUUCCAAGAAUGAGACAAUUUAUCUUGCACAACAACCCAGAUCCCUAGCUCAGAGAUCAAGGUCACACUCUAAGGUCAAAUGUCAAUAAAGUUUUUUCCAUCUCCGGGUUAUAAAAGGUUAUAAAAAUUUUGCAAAAAAGAAACAUUUACCAAUAUAUUACAAAUCAGUUACCACUACCACUCAAACGAAGCAUUUUGGGAGUGGGAAUAUUUAAAAUAGCUUCUUGUUUUUCUUCAAAAAUAAAUAUUUUGUCUAUUGUGGUAUACUUUAUUAAGUUUUGGAUAUAUCUUAUAAAACAAAUAAAUAUGAUAAAGCUUGAUCAACGUUAUUGAAAAAUAAAAAAAAAAUUAUGUUACUGUUCCAUUUUUGCGGUCUUCUUUCUUUAACAAAUAGUAUAUGCCCUUUUAUCGCAACAAUUAAGCAAAAACAAAGACAUUGUUUUCGAUUUCAUCCUAAUCGGCCUGCGGAGAAUGAAACUUUUCUCAUAAUCGGAAAAUGUACUGGAAAGCAAUACGUACCCUUGACUUAGUCACAGAUAUGCAUAAAUAGGGUAUUUAAUUUUAUGUAAAACCUGACUCAAAGAGUAUUGACAGAAAAUAUGUGAAGUUAUGCACGUGGUCUUCUGUUAACUAAGCUAGAGUUAUGACCCUUGACUUAGUAAAAUAGUAAAAAGUACGCAUAAAGCGUUUAAAAGUUUGUGCCUCAUUAUCUCAAAAAGUAUUUGACCUAGAGUCCUGAAACCAUGUAGGAAUAUUUUUGUGCACCUGAGGUUUUGUUUUGGAUUUCACUCCGCAACUUCAGAGUUUUGUUUUGUCUCUUUACUUAGUCAAAUAUAUGCAUUAAAAAUCUAAAACUUUG